UAUACGUCAUCCGUCAAAAUCCGAUUCGAUCCUUCGUGUGUUUAUGGCCUCGAGUGGCCAGUUUUCAGCGACAGUUUUUUCGCACCGCAAGAUGGAAAACCACCGGCCACAGUAUGCGGUUAUUGCUGGCCUGUGUGCAUCGUCGGCCAGCUUGUUCGGGAAAUUAACGUCCAACAGCGAGCGGGUGGCGGAAAACAUCGGAAUCCCAGGCUGGCACUUGCUGGCCCAAGUGCUCUGCAUAGCAACCAUGAUCCUGCUGAACGGCGGCGUAUGGCGGUUUUUUGUUAAAGCUCUCCACACCGGAACCGGAUCGUCGCUGGUCGCGUCGUUGGUUAGUGCAGCAACGAAUUACGUCGCCUCGGCACUGCUUGGUUGGUUAAUUUUUGAUGAACAAAGCACGAUCGUCUGGUGGUUCGGUACAUCGUUGGUCCUUGCCGGUUUGCUUCUCAUCUUAAGCGGAACGGAUAACGAAGAACACGAGCAGCAGCAGCGGCCACUGCAUAAGGACGAAUGAUCGAGUAUGGAAUGAAAUAGAUCUUUUUUGGAUUUAUUA